CGUCAUUUCCGUUAUCCAUCUUUCCAGACUUCUUUUUUUUUACCAAACAAUGUGGCUUGCCAGUUUCGAUAAGCUGUACAGUUGUCGAAACGAUUCUGUUAUAAACAUUUCCCAGAGGCACUAGCACUACAUAUUCGUUUUUGUAUAACAGCAGUGAUUUUAUUUGAAGAACUAUGUCUAACACUGUUUCUUUCAGUACACAAAUAGCUGCAAUCAUGGAUGUGCUAUCAAAGGCAGCAGUUGCAGAAAUAGCCAAACUUGUAGACGAGGGCACCGUCGUGCUACGGCUUGAAAUGUGUCGGAAAGAAAAUGAGAUAGAAGGGCUUCAAAAUAGUUUACAGCUGAUGGAAAGAGAACUGAGGAAAGCUCAACGAGAAGCAGCAACACGAGUGACAAAUGACAGGCAACAUGCUGAGGAAAUCCAGGUUGGGAGUGGGACUCCACAAAAAGGUGAUGAAGAGAACCAAAAAGGCCAAGCCAUGCCUGUAGAGGACCCAGUAGAGAGCUUCAAUGAGCUGCAGCGUUCUGGACACCUUGAAGAGGCGAGGGGUGGACUGGAGUUUCUGGUGAAAGCAGAGCAGGUGGAAGAACAUGUAGCCCAGGGAACCAUACAAGAUCCAGGAAUCACAGACAGUGUGGACUUUAGAAUGGACGAGAGAGAUAGUCAGCUGUGGUCCUCUGUUACACAAGGACUAAGUGGGAAUAAUUCUGGCCACCCAGAUGGGUCUUACUCUACAGGGAGAUGCUUACAGAUGUUCUCAUCUCAGGCAGAUCAAUAUCCCACUCCCAUCCCAUCCCAUCCUUCCUGUAACUCUUUGUCCAUUGUAGGGAAACCACUGGAUGACAUAUUCAGCACUGUCCCACUGAAAGUGGAGCCUGAGAGGCAUCCUGUGUAUCAUGACAAUGCCAUGUCUGAGUCCAUACAUGUUGUGCAGGGGCAGUACAGAGAUACUCUGCAUCCUGUUGUGAGGGAGGGCUUGAUUUUACAUCCCAGAAUGCAGCAGCCAGGACCUUCUUCACAAGGGCUCUUGAGAGCUACUGAGAUUACAUCAGAGUCACACUCACACAACCAAGAGCAUAUUCUUAAUAAGAACAGAUUGAAAACAAAGAGGUUGGUAAAUGUUUGGAGAGCUGUACCAAACCAAAAAGUGUUAAUCUGCUCAUUGUGUGGAAAGAGCUUCCACCGCCAUUGUCAACUUGAAGCACACCAACACUCUCAUGCUGGAGUCAAGCCAUACAGAUGUCUUGAGUGUGGGAAAAGUUUUACUCAGAAACAAAGACUUAAGUCACAUCAGAGUGUUCACACGGGUGAGAGACCUUUCAGUUGCAGACUCUGUGGCAAGAGGUUUGCAAGGCAGGACAACUGCCAAACACAUGAGCGAUUUCACAGUGGACAAAAGCCAUUUAGUUGUGUGCUGUGUGGUAAAAGUUUCACAGUACUCUGUAACCUCAAACUACAUCAAAAACAUCAAUGUAAGUAAAUUUGCAAAUGUCAGAAUGUAUGAUUGCAUGUUCUGUGUUUUCCUCAGCAUUGUACACUUAAUGACCUGUUCAUGUUGAUUGUUCAACUGUUCAACUGUACUGAGAUUAGCAGGUUUCCAAUCAAGUAUUUCAAGAUGUUAUCCAGUGAUGUAUAAGUAUAAGUACAGUAAAGUACACCACAAACUAAAGGGUAAAACAUUUUUACUUGUGCUUUUUCAUGACUUACCUGGACUACCUAUUGAGAUGUGCCUUUAGUUUUAAUGUUUUUAUUUCACCUUUAUUUAACCAGGUAGGCCAGUUGAGAACAAGUUCUCAUUUACAACUGCGACCUGGCCAAGAUAAAGCAAAGCAGUACGACACAAACAACACGACACAAACAACAACACAGAGUUACACAUGGAAUAAACAAACAUACAGUCAAGUAUGUAGUUACACAUAUUUAAGUAUGUAAUAUAUAUAUAUUUACGUAUUUAGUAUACAUAGUUAAGUAAAUUGGGCGUAAAAUGAGGUGAAAAGGAGACUGGAGUGCCACUUUAAAAUGUUGAACCUCUUAAUGUGAUUUAUCUUUGCCUCAUCAAGAGAGCAACAGCUGCAUGCUAUCUUAAAUUGCUUUGUGCAUAUUCUCUUGUAUUUAUCAUUCAUUUCCGUAGCACGUCCAAUAGUGUUACUUUGUUGCCUGAUCGUAGCAGCAGUUCGAGUUAGUACAUUUUGGGGUUGAAAUAAAGUUUACAUUUGAUGAUUG